AUAUAUAUAUAUAUAUAUAUUAUAUUUUGUAACACACAAAAUUCCUCUGUUCUUCAUCACUUCAUCAGCCCGCUUCCACCCGCCGAAUUUCGUUGUUAAAUCCGGUCCCCGACCGCCAAACUGGGGAUUUGAUCCGUAGUCGAAGAAAUUUGAAGCGGGAGUAAUCGAUCGACAUCUCGCAUUCGCCAUUUGUUCGACGAUCUGGAUCCUGGAUUCUAGAUGUUUGCUUAGAACCCUAAAGUUGCGAUCUUUGAUUCAGUGGCUUGAUGGUUGUGACGGCGAGGGCUUUGUGGCGGAUUUGGGAGCAAGGGCGAGAGCGGACGAUGAUUCUCUCGUCGCCAUUUCUGGUCUCAUUCUUUCUGCUGGUUUCGGUGCCGGUGCUCUUCGUUCUGGCGCCGAGGAUUUUGCCGCCGAAGACGCUCCCGCGCAUACCCGACCGCGACGAGGUGGAUGACCUCGCGCUCUUCCGACGCGCCACUCUCGCGUCUGCCGAAGGCGGCGGGCUGCGUCCACGCGCGGCCUCGCCGCCCAAGAUUGCGUUCAUGUUCCUUACCAAUUCCGAUCUCUCGUUCGCCGCUCUCUGGGAGCAGUUCUUCCGCGGACACGAGCGGCUGUUUAACGUGUACAUCCACGCCGACCCUUCCGCCCGCCUUCUGCUCCCACCGACGCCCUCUUUCCGCGGUAGAUUCAUCCCGGCCAAAGCGACGCAGCGAGGCUCGCCGACGCUCAUCUCCGCGGCGCGCCGCCUUCUCGCGGGCGCCCUGAUCGACGACCCAGCCAACGCCUUCUUCGCCCUCAUCUCCCAGCAUUGCAUCCCUCUCCAUUCCUUCCGCUUCACCUACCAAGCCAUCCUCUCCGCCCCUGAUGCCUCGAAGCCUACCCACCCAGAAGGCGCGCUCCGUCGUCGACGCCGGAGCUUCAUCGAGAUCCUCGCGGGCGAACCGGCACUGUGGGACCGCUACGUCGCCCGCGGGGACAACGCGAUGCUCCCGGAAGUGCCAUUCGACCGGUUCCGCGUUGGCUCGCAGUUCUUCAUCCUAGCAAGGAGGCACGCCGUGGCGAUCGUGCGCGACCGCCGGCUGUGGAAGAAGUUCAAGAUGCCUUGUCUGAAAUCCAGAGAGGAUUCAUGCUACCCCGAGGAGCACUACUUCCCCACCCUUCUCGAGAUGCAGGACCCCGAGGGGUGCAGUCGUUACACUCUGACCAGAGUGAACUGGACUGAUAGUGUCGGAGGCCACCCUCACACCUACCGUCCGCCGGAGAUAUCCGGCAAGCUAAUCAAGACGCUCAGGAAGUCGAAUUCCACUUACUCGUAUCUCUUCGCACGAAAGUUCUCCCCCGACUGCCUUCGUCCCCUGCUCGACCUCAGUCACAGUGUUAUAUUUCGAGAUUGAGUGUUCUAUUCUUGAUGUCAGCCGGUUGCGAAAGGUUUAUGGUGCAGAAGCAAAUGUAUGAGGUAAGGAACUAUACACGAAUCAUUUCAAUCAAUAUACUGAUAAUCUGCAUUAUUA